AAACACUGCUCUUCGUAUUUGUCGCCCACCGUCAUAGACGCAGUGAAGAUGAACAUGACCCUGAGCGGUAGAGAUGCCAGAUGGCGGUUCUCGAAUAUCACCGUGCUUCUCGUCAUGCUCGCUUCGUGCUCGAAGACGUCUGCCAGCAGUUUACCAGCACUCGGAAUACGACCUUUUGUACAGGUCCGUCCCGACGACCAUGCCCAUCAUAGAAGACCGCAAAUCGGUCCUCUUGCCAAACGCAUCACAGACGACGAGAUCCGCGCCGAAUGGGCGGCGCGUGGUUGCAAGCUGAUCGCGUACAUGGAAGAAGGCAACAUGCAGCCCCUGUAUAGAACCAUGAAGAGCGAUGGUGUUCUCAGUCCAGCUCAACUGCGCCUCCGCACCUCGCAAAGUGUCUUUACCAACUAUGACGAGCUCGCAAGCAAUGGCUGGACCAGGAAUCCAGAACGAAGAUUAGCUGACAGGCUCAACUUCGUAGAGAGUCACGCAGAUGUAGCCAUCCUCGACGUCUUUGCCGACUUGCAAAUCUCUGCCAGCGUGCGAACGAGAAACAACCCCAAUGGCGACAACGAACUCGUGGCCUGGGAGCAGGAUCAGGAUUUCUACAACGGUGCACGAGGCGAGUCCACUCGAGCGUCUUACACAAUCAUCUACAACACCCUCAACGGCAUAAUCAUCAGACAAUUCAUCAAAAGUCCCCAAAAAAUGCGAGAUACCGUGUACGGAGAUGGAGACGGAGACGAGAAGGAUUGGCGAAAUAUUCCUGGUCUCCAACUUCCUCAUCUGCGACUUGUAAGCGAUGUCGCAAGUCUGGAAUAUGCAGCUCUAUGUCAGAAAUUCCAUCAUCGUCCCAUGAGCUUCCGCUAUUCGAUUGACUUUGAUGUGGAAAAUUCUGAUACAAAUAAAAUCAUCCAUCUGGUUCUGGAGCGGAGAGGAUAUACGGAGAUGGAUUCUCAGGGGGUUUAUUUGGUUGCGAGACCUUGGUCCCGACGACUCAUCAUCGACCGCACCAACCCCUCAGACUGGGAGGAUUUUCAAUCUCUCGUCGGAAGCCCCAAUGUACGAGGGACAGCGUGGAUGCUCAUUCAGCAUUCUCGUCUCUUUGGACACAAGAGAAUUCGGAGGAUUGCGAUUUGGAAGCCUGAAGAUGAGUAUUAUCGCCUUCCGUGUAUUCUGGUUGAGGUGGAGGAUGUUCCGAUUGUUUCUUCUUUGGGUAGGGGUUGA